AUGGCUUUGAUGCUAGACAACUGUGAAGGAAUUUUGUUAUCUUUAGAUUCACAUAAAUCGGUUCCGGCGCCGUUUUUGACCAAAACAUACCAGCUUGUUGAUGAUCCAAACACAGACCACAUUGUUUCUUGGGGUGAAGAUGAUGCAACCUUUGUUGUUUGGCGGCCACCGGAGUUUGCUCGGGACCUUCUUCCCAACUAUUUUAAGCACAAUAAUUUCUCUAGUUUUGUUCGCCAGCUCAACACCUAUGGUUUCAGAAAGAUUGUACCAGACAGAUGGGAGUUUGCAAAUGAGUUCUUCAAGAAAGGGGAGAAACACUUGCUGUGUGAGAUCCACCGGAGAAAAACAGCUCAGCCGCAAGUGACCUUGAACCACCACCACCCUCUUAAUCAACCUAUGAGCGGUCCAAGUUUCUUUCCAUACCCUAGCCGAGUCAGCAUCUCCCCACCUGACUCGGACGAGCAGCAACAGAACAAUCACUGGCGUGACUCGCCGCCACCUCUAUCUUCCCCCACCAGUAUCUCCGCCGCAAUGAAUGGCACGAGUGGUGGCGUCACCUAUGCUUAUAACUCAGUCACAGCACUUUCUGAAGACAAUGAAAGGCUGAGGAGAAACAACAAUAUGCUUGUUUCUGAACUAGCCCACAUGAGGAAACUAUACAAUGAUAUUAUUUAUUUUGUUCAGAACCAUGUGAAACCAGUGGCACCUAGCAACUCUUAUCCUUCAUCUUUAUUCUCUACUACUACUGCAGCUACACCCAUCAGCGGUUCUUCAAUUGUUCAAAAGCCAUUAAACCAGCUUAUUGGGUACCAUCAGAUGGCAUCAAACCCUAAACAAGGUAAUACUUUUCUGGGCUCAUUCAACAACUCUAACAAUCCUAGCAAGACUUCACAGAACAGUGUGAAAAUUCUUGAAGACCCUGCAAAUAGUGAACCCAGCAGAACUAAGCUAUUUGGUGUGCCACUCUCGUCCAAGAAAAGAUUACAUCCAGAUUAUUCUUCUUCAGUUGAGAUUAACAAGACAAGAUUGGUCUUGGAAAAGGAUGAUUUAGGGUUGAACCUCAUGCCUCCUUCUCCAUGUUAG